AUGUCUGAGGUCAACGGGGCCGAAAAGCCCAAGAAGAGCCUUGUGCUCAAUGCAUUCGUUGAGAUGUGUAGUGGCCACCAGUCGCCUGGGCUUUGGAGACAUCCCGAUGAUCAAUCCUGGCGCUUCAACGAGAUAUCGCAUUGGGUAGAGCUAGCGAAGCUCCUGGAGGAAGCUAAGUUUCACGGCAUCUUCAUCGCAGAUGUCCUUGGCGGCUACGAUGUGUACAGUUCCUCCCUCGACCCAGCCAAGAUUUCAGGGGCUCAAUGGCCUGUCAACGAACCCCUGGCGAUUGUCUCCGCCAUGGCUGCAGUGACGAAAAGCAUUGGGUUUGGUGUAACUGUCUCUACAACUUACGAAGAGCCAUAUCAUCUCGCAAGACGGUUGUCCACCCUCGAUCAUCUGAGUGGUGGACGUCUUGGAUGGAAUAUUGUGACUAGUUAUCUUGACUCGGCUGCGAGGAAUAUGGGCCGCACAGAACAACCACAACAUGACGACCGUUAUGCCCAGGCAGAAGAGUACAUCAAGGUCAUGUAUAAGUUGUUUGAAUCGUCAUGGAGAGACGACGCAGUGAAACUGGACCGCAAGUCCGGCGUCUAUACGCAACCAGACCUGGUACGCCAGAUCAACCACGAGGGCAAGUUUUUCAAGGUCCCCGGGCCACACAUUGUGCAGCCAAGCCCUCAGAGAACGCCACUACUUCUCCAAGCCGGCACCUCACGAGCUGGUAAACUCUUUGCAGCUCAGCAUGCCGAGGCGAUAUUCGUUUCAGCCCAUGCACCACAGGUCUGCGCCAAGAGCAUUGCCGAGGUUCGCGAACUGGCGAAGUCGCAAUUCGGACGCGACCCAUCGAACCUCAAGGUCCUGGCCCUGGUAACACCCAUUCUUGGCAAGACUACGGAGGAGGCUCAAGCCAAGCUGAAAGACUUCCGGCAGUACGCUUCACAUGAAGGUGCGCUCGCUCUGUUCGGUGGCUGGACCGGGAUCGAUCUUAGCAAGUAUGGCGACGAAGAGGAGCUACGACAAGUCGAGAGCAAUGCCGUCAAGUCCACAGUCGAAGGUUAUGCACGUUUCUCCCCCGGCACUUCGAAAUGGACAAAGCACACGAUCGCUGAGCACGUCAGCAUUGGUGGCAACGGGCCCAUCUUCGUGGGUACAGCCGAGGAGGUUGCUGAUGGGCUAGAGAUUUGGAUCAAGGAGGCGGACGUAGACGGCUUCAACUUUGCAUACGCGCUCUUCCCUCAAUCAUUCAAAGACAUCAUCGAGCUUCUGCUUCCUGAACUUCGCAAGAGAGGUCUGUUCUGGGAUGAUUACGCCGUGAAGAACGGCACAUACAGAGAAAACUUCUACCAGAAGCAUGGCCAGAGUGGACCGUUGGACGAGCACAUUGCAUCGUCAUAUCGGUGGAGAGCCGGCGUAUCAGCAGAUCAGCAUCCCAUACCUGAAUGA